GCAAUUAUUAUAUUGUUUCAAAGCUUUUUUUCCAACACUUUUUUAAUGAUGUCCUUGCUUUAAAGGUUCUGCAAACCUCAAUGUCAUACUUUACAGUAUUUGCGUCCUUUCAAUAGCUUAUACUUCCUGUAUCCAGCAAUUGAGCAACGACAACAAAAGCGAUCGAAAACAAUAUGCGUGUGUGUCAUUGCAACACGUUUACUAUAAUAUAUAAAAAUAUACUUUUGUUAAUCAUAUAUGUAACGUUUAUAAAUUACAUAACUAGUAUAUAUCAAGUUGUAGUAAAGGUAAGAGUAUCAUUGUUAAACAUAGAUCUUACUUGCUUCGAACAUCAAGAGGUUGCUUCCGGAAUUGCCCCGUGAGAAAAAAGACACUCUAUAUCGAUCGAUAAGUUUCAUUCGGAGAGAAUUUGCUAAAUGAUACGUCUGUCAAUGAGACUUUGUGCAUCUCUCUCUUUCUCUCUCUCUCUUUCUACUCACGUUACAUUUAAUGUCAAAGGAAUAAAUUCUACUAUCGUAUGCGUACGUGGACUACGCGUCAUGUUUCGAGAAAAUGUCGUAGCGCGAUAAGUGUGGAAAAACGCAGUUGUGGCACUAGAAUACAGCAUUUGCAUUAUAUAUGACCUGCCAAGAGAAGAUCUUAAACUCUCUUAUAAUCUCUCUUAAUUUCAUAAAAGAAUAGUCUUGAACUUUAGGUGAAAUAAAAAUCUGAAAUGUGUGAGUUACCUAGACAAAGUCAGAGACGAAAGAUUACCUGUGACUAAAACUAUGAAUACCAACUGGAAUCAUUAUUACAGUCUCGUUAAGAAACUAUCAUUGUUGUGUGGACAGUGGCCUUAUCAGAAACCAGUAACGAGAUUAUUUUGUUUGAUCUUGAUGACUUUGAGUACAUUAUCUAUGAUUAUUCCACAGAUAGCUAAAUUUGUUACAUGCGAUGGAAAUUUGCAAUGUAUCUUACAAACCAUGUCGGCCUAUUUGUUGACAACCAUUACGUUGGUGAAGCUGUAUACAUGUUACUUUAACAGAUGUAAAAUGAAAGUUCUCAUUGAUCAGUUAUUCGUCGACUGGGACGAAUUGGAAACACCAGAAGAAUAUGAAAUUCUAAAAAAGUAUGCCAGCAACGGCAGGAGAUAUUCUUUGGGAUAUUCGUUGUAUUACUAUUUCGGCGUGUAUGUAUUCGUAUCCAUGUCCCUCGUACCACAAGUGUUGGAUGUUGUUUCACCUCUCAACCAAUCUCGUCCUAUACUGCCAGUUUAUCCAGGGUAUUACUUUAUUGACGAGAGAAAAUAUUUCUUUUAUAUUUACACGCAUGCCAUGAUGGCCUGGGAAAUUGCUGUGACUGUGAUAGUCUCCCACGAUUGCAUGCUCUUGAUUUACAUUGAACAUGUCUGCAGUAUUUUCACACUUGUCGGAUUUCGGUUCGAGCAAUUAAUAUAUAAUGAUGCUAUGAAAAUUUUACAUUCUCAUACAAGUGACGCGUACCUGCGCAAACACAUUGCAUUCUCUGUGUAUACGCACCGAAAAGCUUUAAAAUUCGCCCAAUUGAUCGGAGAUACGUUUUCGUUAACCCUGACUAUACAACUAGCGCUAAAUACAGUAAUGAUCAGUAUUACAUUGUUACAAGUCACGCAGCAGCAGGCCGACAUUUUACAACUCAUAAGGUAUGUGAUGUAUGUCGUUGGCCAAUUGGUCCAUCUAUUUUGCCUCAGUUUUGAAGGACAAAAAUUAAUAGAUCACAGUCUUCAAACCCGUGAUAAAAUCUAUAAUAGUCUUUGGUACGAAACACCGCCCAAGUCACAAAAAAUGCUUCUGUUUGUGAUGCAAAAGAGUCUUCAACCUAUUUUCUUAAGCGCUAGCAAGAUUUACAUUUUCUCAAUGGAAAACUUUACGAUGAUCAUGCAAACUUCAAUGUCAUACUUCACCGUCCUCUCGUCUUUGGAAAUGAAAGUUCUUAUUGAUCAAUUAUUCGUUGAUUGGAACGAAUUGGAAACACCUGAAGAAUACGAAAUUAUGAAGAGAUAUGCCAAGAACGGCAGACGAUAUUCUUUGGUAUAUGCUUUGUAUUGUUUUAUGGCCGUAUAUAUAUUUAUGUCUGUAUCCCUUAUACCGCAAGUAUUGGAUGUCCUUUUACCUCUCAAUGAAUCUCGCCCUAUACUGCCGACAUAUCCAGGAUAUUAUUUUGUUGACGAAAGGAAAUAUUUCUUCUAUACCUUUUCACAUGCUAUUAUGGCUUGGGAAAUUGCAAUGUCUGGAAUAGUCAGUCACGACUGUAUACUCCUAACUUACAUUGAACAUGUCUGCAGUAUUUUCACUUUAGUCGGAUUACGAUUUGAACGAUUAAUGUGCAAACGUAAUAACACCAUGAACGUUUUACAUUCUCAUACAAGUGACGUGUACCGCAAACAAAUUGCAUUUUCUGUGUAUACGCACCGAAAAGCUCUAAAAUUCGCUCAACUGAUCGAAGAUACCUUUUCGUUAACUCUGGCUAUACAAAUAGCGCUAAAUACAAUAAUGAUUAGCAUUACAUUAUUACAAAUCACACAGCAGAAUGCCGAUAUUUUAGAAGUGAUAAGAUACGUGAUGUAUGUCGUUGGUCAAUUAAUCCAUCUGUUCUGCCUCAGUUUCGAAGGACAAAAGCUGAUAGAUCACAGUCUUCAAACGCGCGAUAAAAUUUAUAAUAGUCUCUGGUAUGAAACAUCUCCCAAGACGCAAAGAAUACUUUUGUUUGUGAUGCAAAAGAGUCUUCAACCUAUUUUCUUAAGCGCUGGCAAGAUCUAUAUUUUCUCAAUGGAGAACUUUACCAUGAUCGUGCAAACUUCAAUGUCAUACUUUACCGUACUCUCGUCUUUGGAAUAAUUAAGGAACGAUCUGCAGUGUUGAAAUAUCAAACAUUAGAACCUACGAAUAUAUCCAGAUUAUCCAGCCAAUCCACAAAAGUUGUAAUUCUGAGUGUAUUAACAUCAAGACAAGUUAUCCAUUAGUACAUGAGUAACAUUUGCGAUAACAUACAUAUAUUAAUUGUAAUCAUUUUAAGAAAUCUUCAUCACUUGCUGACCUUUAUGUAUUAGAGUACUAGCUUGAAAUCAAACGGAGUUGCGUUAUAAAAAAGUAUUCGUAAUUCGAGAAAGUAAAAGUGUAAUGAGAGAAUAAACAUGUAAAUAUUAUAAGAUUAUAGUUACAAGGUAACGCUGUGUAGAAA